AUGGGGAACUAUAUUUCGUGCACUCUCGCCACCCCUUUGAUCAAGAACAACAAGGCAGCAAGGGUGAUCUUCCCGGGCGGCGAAAUCCGGCACUGCCGCGAAACCGUCAAGGCCGCCGAGCUCAUGCUUGAGCGCCCCAACUUUUUCCUGGUCAACUCUCGGUCCCUGCACAUUGGCAGGAGAUUCUCCGCCCUCGCCGCCGACGAGGAGUUGGAGUUUGGCAACGUGUACAUCAUGUUUCCCAUGAAGAGAGUCAACUCUAUAGUCACGGCAGCCGACAUGGCGGCUCUUUUCAUGGCAGCCAACUCGGCGGCCAAGCGGAUAUCCAGUGACGGUGGAAAGCAAGAGGUGGGGGAGACGGCGGAGGAAAGUGGUUCGAGAUUGAGUUUGGAGGGAGUGGAGGAGUUUGCAGCGCCGGAGUUCAAGUUCAGGUUAUCGGUGUGCAGGUCAAGGAAGCCGGGGUUGGAGACGAUUACAGAAGAGCCAAUUUGUUCAAGAUAA